CCUCUUCAUUUUCAUGACAGGUGUUUUCAAUUUUCAAACCGUCGCAACGCGUUGUUCGCCGGCAAAUUUUUGUUUAAUAAUUUGAAAAUCAAGGCAUAAUCGUGUCUUUUCAAGCAGAAUUAUUCUCAGGAACGAAGUUCUUACUUGCCACUGGGAACUAGACUGCAACGAUGUCUAAAAUGAACCCUCCGACAACAACCUCGACCGUCCAGCAAGAAACCAUUUUGAUGGAAAAAAGAAUGCUGGAAACAAUCAAGAAGCGAAAAGCCGAGAAAUUGGAUUCAUGGAGUCUGGCAGAUUUUGAAAUCGGCCGUCCUUUGGGGCGAGGCAAAUUUGGCCGAGUUUAUCUGGCACGCGAAAAGACAACCAAGUAUCCAGUCGCGUUGAAGAUGAUUUUUAAAAAGGAACUUGUCAAGCACAAAAUGGAACAGCAACUGAUCCGAGAAAUUGAAAUUCAGUCCCAUUUGAAGCAUGAAAAUGUUCUGCAAAUGUUAACAUACUUUGUCGAUGACAAGAGAGUUUUCCUCGUGUUGGAAUACGCGGCCAGGGGGGAGCUUUUUCGAGAACUCAAUGCUCAGAAGCACGGCAGGUUUGAAGAGGCUAAGUGUGCCAAGUACAUUUAUCAAGUUGCCAGCGCUCUCCAGGCUUGCCAUGACUGCCAGGUCAUCCACAGAGACAUUAAGCCUGAAAAUAUUCUCAUAUCAGCUAGAGGAAAUAUUAAAAUUGCAGACUUUGGCUGGUCUGUGCAUGACUCCUCUCAUACUAAUAAGAGGAAGACUAUGUGCGGCACCUUGGAUUAUUUGGCACCGGAAAUGGUGAAGAAUGUUGAGCACUCUCACUUAGUGGACAACUGGUGCGUGGGAAUCCUUUGCUAUGAGUUGCUCGUCGGAAAACCGCCCUUCGAGAGCAAGACCAGCCACGAGACAUAUGAACGGAUCACCAAAGGAUUUGUCGAUUUUCCACCUUACGUUGGUACACUGGCCCGUGAUCUUAUUACCAAGUUGCUGCAAGUGAAACCUGCGAACCGUCUAUCCUUGAAAGAGGUGAAGGUACAUCCGUUCAUCGUGAAGCACUGGCCCCCAAAGACCCUGCCACCUCCUCAAGCUGCUAAGUAGACAGACCUCUUUAGCGUUUCUUGUAAAAUUAAUUCCGAUUUUUAAGCACAUAAAAAAUGGAUUUUAAUUUUAUAAAAAAAAACACGUGUAAAGUAAAAAGGGGUAUGCAAAGGAAAUGAAGAUGUUUUGUAAAUAUAAGUUCCAUUAUCAAUUAAAACAAGCAAAAAUUUGAAUUAACAUAAUUUUCUU